AUGACUGAAGCUCGUGUAGCAGCAGUGAGGAGAAGUGAGAAUUCUAAGUGGAAGUGCAUAGCCGCACCAGGAUUCUCUGCCAUGCCUGAGGCCAACAUAGGGCAGGGUGUGAACUUGAGUGAGCAUGUGGAUUUUCUGGGCCAUUGUUCAACUCUGACUCCACCCUGCAGGUCUAUUCCAGAGUCACAGAGUCACCCAAAAAGGUUUGGUUGGGAUGUUCCGGUAAUUCUGAGAAAUUCCGAAGAGACCCAGUUCAGCACAAGAGUUUUCAAAAAGCAAAUGAGACAAGCGAAGAAUCCUUUUGGCCUAGAGAUCACGAAUCCAUCCACAGCUACAAUUACAACCGGCAUAACACUGACAACAGACUGUCUUGAAGACAGCCACCUUACGUGCUAUUGGGGCUGCAGUGUCCAGAAAUUAUACGAAGCGCUGCAGAAGCACGCGUACUGCUUCCGGAUCAGCACUCCGCAGGCGCUAGAAGAUGCCCUGUAUAGCGAGUAUCUCCACCAAGAGCAGUACUUUAUUAAAAAGGACAGCAAAGAAGAAAUAUAUUGCCAGUUACCAAGAGACACUAAAAUUGAAGACUUUGGGACGGUGCCCAGAUCUCGUUAUCUGUUGGUGGCACUGUUGACCUUAGCAGAUGAGGAUGACCGAGCAAUUUAUGAUAUUAUUUCCAUGGUAUCAGUAAUUCAUAUUCCUGAUAAGACUUAUAAAUUUCCCUGCAGAAUAUUGUAUCAAUAUUUACUCCUGGCUCAAGAUCAAUUUCAUGAUCUUAAGCAACUUUUCAUGUCUGCAAAUAAUAAUUCCACUCCCUCCAGCGGUCCCUCACCAGAAGAGAAGAACGCGGACCGCAGUUUCCUGGAGAGGGCUGGACUGUGUGAAGGCGAGGCAGAGCUUUCAGAGGACAGCAGCAAGGAUUGCGUCGUGUGCCAGAACGGGAGUGUGAACUGGGUGCUCCUGCCCUGCCGGCACACGUGCCUGUGCCACGGCUGCGUCCCGUAUUUCCAGCAGUGCCCGACGUGCAGGCAGUUUGUGCGAGAAUCCUUUGCACUUUGCAGUCAGAAAGAACAAGACAAAGACAAACUGAAAACUCUUUGAAGAUGCCGUGGCAACUGAAAAGUACACUUUCUAGCUGACAUACAGACAGCUGUGUCCUUAGAAUUAAUCCUGACACGAAGUCAACAGUAUUAACCAUCAAAGGAAAUUCUACGUUAACCCCAUUUAUGCAAUACAGGGAUGAAGGAAGUGAAAUGAUUCCUUUCCGCUCAGUGUGGUGAACGCUGGACUGCUGCGUUAACACAGAAAAAUCCAGAAGAAUGUAAAUAUUCAGCUUUUCGUCAGCUACAUGAUUUCAUAUAAUCAUUCUGGAAAGCAGUCCAGCUGAAAUUUGGGGAGCUAAAAGUCUCACGAUUGCGGAAUAUCUUGCUCUUGACAUAAUCUGGAGUGAAGUUAGGAAGAAACUUAUUUCUCUUUAAAGUCAUUGUAUGUUCCUCAGUUUAUGUUCCUCAGUUGGAAAGGGCUUCUUUCUUUAAAUCCUUUCCUGAGAUACGCUUUUAUAAAUAUCAAUCUCUUUGGUUUCUAAUUUCCCUUAACAUCAUAAUUACAUAAGCACAAGUCUUAAUCUUUAAAUAUAGGUUGUUAAAUCAUAAAUGCAAUAUACAAUUCUUAACUGUUCCCAGGGUAUCAUAUAUUAAAAUGAUACUGAUCUAUAGG